CCACUUUCAAAUUGUGCGCCCCUACUGGACCUUCCAACUGGUAUUGGACCGAAUGUCUCCGGUUCUGACAGUGAAACGAGUCAUGUCUCAGAGGUUGUACCGUUCAAAUAUAACUAUUGACCGUUUUACAGACGCUUUUUAACAAAGUUAGCUUAUAGGAACACGACUUUAUGGGCCGCAGUGCAUCACGGGACGGUGUAAUUACACGGUUUGGCCACUGCGCAUGUUGCGUCGAAAGCGUGGCGCUCUUUCUGGAGGCUUGGCUAUACGCCGCUACAAGAAUAAGGAGACGAAGAAGAGGUACCGGAAGUAGUUGUACUUUCCCGUUACUUCUCGCACGCGUUACCACAACACCGGAGCGGCAGUGACCCGCAGCCUCCAUGUGAGAAACUUUGAGAUGUUUCAUCUCCUGUUAGCUCAGAGUGCUAAAGGAAGCUAGCUGGCGAAGGCGGAGAUUAGCGGACACAGUCUGACCGAGCUGCUCAUCCCGGCCUGGUUCUGUAAACAUGUCUAAAGUCCAAACUCUGAGAGCUUUUGUGGAGCAGCGGCUGACUGCGGCCGCUGAAGAGAUUCUGGAGCUGUUCGGAAGAACUGUGGCAGAGUUCGAGGAGGAACUGUGUCGACAGCGGAAAACACUGGAAGAAGUUCUGAAGCCGGAGGUCGUGUUCCACAGAGCAGACAUGACCGACGUGGUGGCAUUGAUCACAACUGUGCUGCCAAACUGCAAAGUGCAGUCUUUACUGGAUACACUUGAAAGCAUCGGUGUGAGCUCAUUAGAAGAUCUGGGGUUUGUGGAGCCGGACGACCUCGAAGGGGUCUUGAAGAAAGUGGAAUCGAGGAAGCUUCUCGCUCGUGCUAAAGAGCUCGAGAGUCGACACAAAACUUUGUCUGUGUCAACUUUAACUCCUGACUCUUCUGUUGACUCGUCUUCAGCUCAGUUCAGCCCUGCAGGACACGAGUCGCUUCUCAGCUCUCCUGCAGGCUUUUCUUCAUCACAGGCCACGCCGCGAAUUCAGCCUUGUGUCAAAGCCUUUGGUUGCUCUCCGGCCCUGUCCGGGAGCUCAGGGGCAGGAUUUGAGGACGGGACGCUCCCAAACUCUCCUGAAAGCUCACAGUCAGCGCCGAGGAUCAGCACCUCCACGAGUACAGAUGUAAAAGUCACAAACUUGACGGCCUCAUCCAGUAACAGCGAUGCGCUACCAUCAACGCUCGAUCCUGACUGGCACUUUAACUUCUGCAUACCUUGGAAUUCGAUGCCAUCGCACAUUAAAGAAACUUUGGAGAAGCAAGAGCGUCCGUCUGCUAGAGACAGAAGAGAAGUGGUCAGGAUGGUCACUGCAGAAAUCUUGGCAGUGUGCAAAUACCCACAGAAGAAACACUUGAGGGAAAUUGCUCGCAAGAUGGUGUUGGCUUAUCCCAAAUCAUUCAAGGACGUCAUUGAGGGUCAAGUCGUAGGCAGCGGCUAUGAUUCCCUAACAAGGUGGCUGCAGUGCAGAGUGGACAACUGCAAACGAGCACAGCUUGUGAUUUCACCAAACAGCUCUGGACGGAAAAGAAGGCGGCAGAAGAACGUUAACAGAUGUGUCAACCCCGAUCUGCUUCCUGGAAAGCUGGAAGUAGAACAACAGAACAAAGAGGAACUGCAGAGAAUGUUUGAGGAGGACGAGAAGGAUGAGAACAAAAUAAAGAUGCUGAUGACGGAAACAUUUGCUUCCCAAAGAAGAGACGUACUCUGUGGAAAUCACACACAGACGCUGAAAGAAGAGUGGCCUUUCCUCUUCCACACCACUGGAUUAAAGACUCACUUCAGGCAGCUGACUGGUGUCCACAUCAAUGAAGAAUUUAAAGAAACCAUGAGCAGGAAGUCCAGACAGAUCCUGCAGUACCUGAAGAAACGGGACAGAGGAAGCAGCACAGUGAAGCUCCUCUGUGAUGUCCAGUCUGCAGGUACAGGUGAGGAGUUGUAUCACGCCGUGCGGAUGCUGUUGCUCCACUUCAAGGAAGACGAAAGCAAGAUUUGUGUCCAAGUUGAAGAUGCCUGCAUGUCAGCUGAAGUCCGACGAGACGAUCUACCCCCAAACCCGUGCAUCGUGGUGUGUGGAGACGCCCCGCUGACGACGGGAGAGUUCAUGGUGGCGGUGGAUCAAAUGGUUGUGAUGGAAAGAAUCUCCACGUUCACGGAUGCGAUGGCCUCCAUGUUCAUGAUGUACUACGUCAUGAAUAUCGAUUACCCCGCUGAGGUUUGCGCCACCCUGGAGUUCCUUCAGAGAUGUAUUUUCAGGAUCAACUCUGACAACGGCUCCACAGCAGGAAACCAGGAGAAAAGAAAACGGUUUGCUGUCAACCCCAAAGUCCUCACACUCAUAUCCAACCUCUCAGAGAACGACUGACCAGCAGGACAGCUGAGGUCUGCUGGACGAGGACGUCUUCACUCUUUUUUUAUUUUGCUCAGGAUCAAAUGUUUUAUGAUCAUGAUUGAUUUCGUCGUUCCCUGAAAACUUUCUACAUGUAAGGAUUUUUUGAAACGUAGACGGAGUGAAUGACCAGGAAAUGAACUUCAGGACCUGUUGAGCUCUACAAACACCUUCGACUCAGAGAGUUUACCGCUCAAUGUUUGUGCAGGUCUGAUGCUGAACACCAGUCAUGAGCAACGUGUUCAGCGUGACGCCUUCCAGGAGGGUUGUGUUCAAAUAAAAGGCAGUUUUGAUACAA